AUGGCCAAUACGGUAACAGACAGUUCUGUAUCCGUUUCGGAUCCGGUCCAGCCAUCCCCAACCAUAACCAAACCCAAACCCACAAGCUCAACUCCUUCCACAGGAACAUCUUCAUCAAUAUUCUCUUCCAAACUCUCACCCGCCCUCCGUUCCAUGCUAUCCGCCGCGAACAUUGCAAUCGACAGUCUCAGCCGCACCCCGAUAACCCGCCUGGAAAAGACAGCCUUGCCAAACAUCGGCGUGAUCGAGCUUGUGUCGGCUCCAGAUUUCAUGCGACACUAUGACGCGCUAUACACCGCUAUGUUCCCUCGGCGAGCGGAGCGCGAACGGUCCGACUUGAUCGUCGACCGGCUGGCGGCUCAAGCGAGCGGCGAGAGGAUCGGACUGGCGCCAUACAGGAUCGUUGGGAUCCGAGAUAGUGUGACGGGAGAGGCGAUCGGUGCUGCUCAGUUUUCUGUGCUUCCUUUGUCGAAUGAUCUUGGAGAGCAACAACACGGACAACAACAAGAAGACAAUCAAUCAAAUGACGUGCCUGAAAACGGAAGCCCAAGCUCCAAUUUCGCAGUCCCUUACUUGCAAUAUCUCUACAUCCGGCCCCAGAAUCGCCGUCAAGACAUGUCGGAGGUCCUACAUACGAUGGUGCUGGCCGUGUCUUCGGCCGAUGCUCUGGCAAUGGGGGACGGACGCACCGUCCCGUUCACCUUGUUCGAGACAGAACCGCCGGACCACGGCGACGACGUGGCUAGUCGGGCGUACGCGCGCGUCCGAUCGAGUAUCCAUACCAGCACCGGAGGAUUGGCGUUGAUGUUGCGCAGAGAGAUCGCGGCCGAACCCCAACCAGAAGACAAUAGCGGAAACACGGACGAGGCCAACAUGCCAACCAAGGCUUCCUCUGCCCAGCUCCUUAGUCCCCAUGUCCAGCCUGGCUUGGAGGAUGGCGAUCCUCCGCUCACACUGGUGUGGGUUAUUCGGCAGUCACCAAAUCCCGGUCGACCGUAUGAUGUGGACAGAAUAGGGAGAAGGCUGAUCGCAGCGUAUUAUCAAAGUCUGCGUGAUGAGGGAUUUCCGGAGAAGAACAUCAAGCUUGCAGAAAUGAUAGUUGAGGAGAUAUGUAGAGGGAGCGUGUUUCAUUUGAUGCCUCUCGGGGAAGUGCCUGACCUAAAGGACCAAGUCUACGACGCUAUGGGAAAAGGUGGCUGA